AUGGGUCCGGUCGUCGCAAGAACACGAUCUCCUGACCUGCCUCUUCCUGGCUCAAGUUCACAAACUGCUCCUUCGCCAAGCGACACAGAAAAGCUUAUCCAAGUAUGCGUGGAUUCAUUUUGCAACCUAAAGUCAUUAGAAGUUCUUCUAUUAGAGGAUGAUCGUCUACAUCCUAAAGACGACAGUUACGAGAAAUCUCUUCAGCCUUGUGGCGUUCCUAUUCUUCAAUUGCUCCGGGACCUAUGCGUCGCGAUCACUGAGCAAAAGAUCCCCUCAUACAAUUAUAUUAUUCAGAGACUCGAUGACCUUGCUACCCUCGCAAAUGAAAAGUUCUACGCUUUCCCAUUCAAGGAUGUUCCUUUUUGUUGGGGGGAACUUUUUCGAUUUGCGAGCUUUCUCAAAAUUUCUGUCGUUGCGAUGAAGGCAGUCUGGGGCAAAAUCCCUUCACUGUUUUUCACAAAGCAAUCAAACUAUCCUCCAGCAAGCAUCCCCCCUUUAGAGAGCGACGCCAUCGAUGAGAUUGUCAAGACUAUCGACAUGGCUCUCAUUGUGGCAGGCCCUCCUAUCGUACAGGAAACCAAAGAUGCCCUUCAGCGGAUAUUUGAACUCCUAGAGAAAAUCCAUGCCAGCUCUCUCCAACGCAGUGUUGGUAUGAGUACGGAUAGCGUUACUAAUGACAAUGAACCGUCAGCGCCGAAGCGUCGGAAAGUCGAUAUUUCCCUGACUGUUGAUCGGUUUCCUUCCUUGUCAUCCUUCAUCCCAUCCAUUUCCAAGCCUGUGCGGGAAUUAGUCAAUCCAUCAUUUGAAAAGUUUCAGCAGUAUAUCCUGCAUCCAAAAUGUGACGAUAUAGGCCCAGAGCCAGUUAUUAUCAAAUGGGCUCUAGAACAUUGGCCUGCUCGUACGGAACGGCCGUGGAGUAGUCCCGCCUAUCUCAUGUCCAGAACUAUCGGUGGACGAAGGCUGGUUCCGGUAGAAUUGGGAAGAAGCUACGUUGACAGUGGCUGGGGACAGACGAUUAUCUCUUGCAGGGAGUUUAUGGAGCAGUAUAUGUUGAACGAUCCCACCCUGUCUAGCAGCGGUAUCGGCUACCUCGCACAGCAUGAUUUAUUUGCUCAAAUCCCUUCGCUGAGAAAUGAUAUUGCGAUUCCAGAUUACUGUUAUGCAGUUUGCCCACCACCGCAUCACUCUUCCCCACAGGCUGCCCAGCAUUCCCAGGUCGGCCAGUUGGAAACCCCCCUGUUGAACGCAUGGUUCGGGCCCGGUGGAACAAUCAGCCCAUUGCACACUGAUCCGUAUCACAACAUCCUCGCCCAAGUUGUAGGCAGGAAAUAUGUCAGGCUUUAUGCCCCACGAGAAAGCCGGAAGCUAUAUGCCAGAGGCAUUGAAGAUAGAGGGGUGGACAUGAGCAAUACCAGUGAAGCAGAUGUCGGCGUCCUCGCUGGAUGGGAUGGCACCGAAGAAAAGAUAGUAAAAGCGCACGAGGAAUUUCCCUUAUUUUCUAAGGCACAGUACCUCGAGUGUAUCUUGGAAGAGGGGGAGUGUGUCUACAUUCCGCUAGGGUGGUGGCAUUAUGUUAGAAGUCUCAGUCCAAGCUUCAGCGUGAGCUUCUGGUUUAAUGGCUUGGAUGAGGCACAGAGCGAGAACUAA